GUUCGCGGUGGAGCCUGAGAUCCGGCUUGUGUUCUCCUCCGCUCUACUCAGAGCCGUACUGCGGGGAGGAGGAGGAGGGAAAAGGUGGUGGCGGCGCCUUUCAACAAACAUGUUCGCCUGCGUGCGCUUCCUGCAGGACCAAGUGCAUCAUAUCAUACCCGUGUCCCACAUUAAAAAUUUCAACCCCACCUCUAAGUGCGACUUCAACAAGAAACAAGUUUAUCGACUGGCGCUGCCGGGAGCAGGUCCGGCACCGGGAUCAGGGCCCGGGGCAGGAGAAACGGAAACAAGCACCAUUAUCAAGGGGGGGCACUGCCGGAAGGCCCAGAUUCUUGCUCUGGGAGAUAGCAGACAAGAACUGGAGAAAUUUUUGAAACUGAAAAAGUGCAAAGUGCCAAAAAUAAUUGAAAGUUUCGUUGAAGUGUCUGAAUCAGAAGAUGGUGACAGCACUGAAGAUGAAGUGCAUCAACUCAGCAAUAUCCAGGAACAAGGUGCCUCCUGCUUUGAAGAUAGCAGUGAUGAUGAUGACCAAACACUAAAGAUUUUUGAUGAACUAAAACAUAAAUACUCUCGGGCCAAGGCCAACAAUAAAAGAUUGAUUCAGGAACUUAAAAAGGUUACCACAAAACUUCGAUUUGCUGAAGAAAAGCAAAAAGAAUAUGAACACUUGGCAUCUGAACUACAGCGACUGAGGGACCUUAAUAUGGAUCUUCAGAAUGCACUGCUAUUGAAGUUAUUUAGAUUACCAGAACAGUACCAUGGGUCAAAUCCUGAGGAGGAGCUGGUUGACAACACAUCAACACAUCAAAUGAUUUCAAGUACUCCAGUAACUUCUAUUCUGCAAGAUCAUUUGAACAUGCAACAAAGAGUUUAUCCUUCCAAGAAAAGUCCACAUGCUCUCCUUCCAACUCCAAGUACCUCUGAUCAUCUAGAGAGUCAGAUUGAAAAUGGGAACAACAUGGUACCAUGUCCAUGGGCUUCAACCCAAGCAAUUGCUUUGACUCAGCCUAACGUUUACUCAGUUCAGGAUGGAAAGGUUCACAUUGGAGCUAAUAUAUGGAUUGAUGAGGACAAGUGGGAAACUGUGAAACGCCAGCCAAGUGAUUCAAGGUUUACGAAGUGCUUGGCUGUAGCUGUGUGGGGAGUGGACACUUUGAAGGACAGAAGUGUCACUGGAAUUGCAUGCAACUCUACAAAGUCGUCACCCAAGCCACCUCUUUCCCCUUAUAAAGUACAGAUUAUUAAAGAACAAUUACUGAACAGAAUACGACAAGAUGCCAAAGAUGACAAUGAGAUUCACAAGCGACUAAAUAAAGUUAAUCGAUACAUUGGGGAAAAAAUAAUGGACAUUAAUAAGCAGUGGCGCAAAGCCAAAGCAGACAUAUCAAAGUUUAGGAACUGUGAAUGUGAGAUAGGAUUAAAAUGUGAAAUUCAUGCACAUUGUGAGAGAUCUGAGGUACCCAUCAAGGAAGAGAUUGAAACUUUUAUCUAUGAAUAAUCCUGUGACAAAUAAUGAUCAGAAAAUUCUGUUCAUGUCUGUUCCGGCUUUUAAUAGUAUAUAACUGUUAUUUGAUUUUAUUAUCGUGAAAUUUGCUUGUUUUUUCAUGUCACUUAUUUCCCAUAAAACGGUGCUGCAAAAAGCAUUUUCCUAUUAAUUUCUGUGUAGCAGUCAAAUUUUAAAUCUCAAUGUUGAAUCGGUGAAAAUGUACAAAUAAUUAAGCAAAUAGUAGAAUUCUACAGAAGGAAGCCAUUUAGCUCAUUACAUCUAUGGUGCAUCUCAGAGCUUCUAGUUCUUCCCCAUGGCUUAUCAUUUUUCCAUAUCUUUUAAAUUAAAACAUUUAUUCAAUUCCCUGUUAACAUCUAUUAAAGAUUCUAUUGCCAUGUCCUAACAGUUGAAUUUAAACAUAAAUAAUUAUCUUGAUCUUGUUUGGGUAAUGAUAAAUUUAAAUCUUAUAUUUGAUAGAUUAUCAAUUAAUUGGAUAUCGUUUUCCUUAUUUACUAAUCCAAGUUCAUUAUUCUUUAUACUGAAAAAGAUCUCAUCAUGAUAUUGGCUGUGGUCUUAAGAAAGACUGUAAUUUUUCCUUAUAACUAAAUCUUUCCACAUUUGGUAUGAUCUUUGUGAAUCUGUUCUGUACUCUGACUGUGACUUUGAUGUCCUCAAAGUAAGUUGAAAAAUCCAAAUAUAAAAUUAAAAGUGUGUCUUAACUAAUAUUAUGUAUAGUCUAAGCCUUACCCCUUUGCUUUUGUAUUCAUUGUUGGAAUUUAUGAAAUAUAGAAACUUGUAUACUUCUUUUAUAGCUUUAUCAACUAUUCAUUCUUUGGAUUUGACCAUCACUGUCAGAUCUGGCAUUUAUCGCUGAUCCCUAGAAGAUGGUGGUGAGCCUUUUUGUACUGCCGUGGCUCAUCUGGUGAAAGUACUAUCAUGAGGCAGUUAGGUAGAGGGUUUUGAGAUUUUGGUACAGUGACAAUGUAGGAAUGACAAUAUGUUUUCAAAUUGGGGUGAUUUGUGCAACUUGGAAGGAUAUUUUGAGGUGAUUGUUUUCCCAUGUGACUGCUGUCUUCUUUCUUAUUAGUGAUAGAAAUUAUGACAUUGGUUGAGCUGCGGGACUUGCCUUGGGAAGGUGCUUUGGUAAAUCUGCAAGUAGUAAACAUUGCUGCCAUAGAGAUGCUGUUUAAGCUGGUGGCUAGGAUGCUGGUCAAAUUACUGCUACAAUCUGGAUUGUGUCAAGCAUCUUGAUAAUAUUAAUAGAGAUACAUCCAGGCAAAUGAAAUAUAUUUACUAACUUUUGCCUUGUGGUGUAGUGAAGGCUUUGGAGAGUCACGAGGUAAGCUACUCACUUAAGCGGCAUGUAACAUUCACAGCAUGCAGCCAAUUAUUUGUGGUAUCCAGAUAUUGCUACAUGUGGACCUAGACCCUUUAUUAUGGGGAAAUGUCAGUGAAGAUGAAUGCUAUCGUUAGCAAGCAACCUCCCUUCUAACCUUAUGAUGGAGAGGAGGUCAUUGAUGAAGCAGCUGAAAAUAGUCAGGCUUGAGGUUGAAUAGGCUGU